AUGAGCUCCACGGCGGCGGUGACGACAGCACCGGGGAGCGGCUGCGCCAAGACGUCGUGGCCGGAGGUGGUUGGCCACAGCAUAGACGAAGCCAAGAAGGUGAUCCUCAAGGACAAGCCCGACGCCGACAUCGUCGUGCUGCCCGUCGGCUCGAUUGUGACCGCGGAUUAUCGCCCCAACCGCGUCCGCAUCUUCGUCGACACCGUCGCUGAGACGCCCCAUGUUGGCUAG